AUGUCUCAUCAUCCUUCUUAUACCUUGGCUGGCUUGUGCGCUGUUGGCGGUGUCGCUGGAUUCGCCAAAACUCGCUCAGUUCCUUCCUUGGUCGCUGGUCUUGGUGUUGGUGCCCUUUACGGCGCUGCUGGUUAUUUAAUUCAACAAAACAGAGAUUAUGGCCAUGAAACUGCUGUUGCUGCAUCUACUUUGUUGGGUGGUGCUAUGAUUCCCCGUGCUCUCAAGACCAGAAAGCCAGUUCCUAUUGCCUUGUCUGUCAUUUCUCUUGCUGCCGGUGGAUACUACGUCAAGAAGGUUAUUGAAUACAGUUAA